CGCAGUCUGUAUGGCAGAGCAGUGCAUGGUGUGACGGCGCUGUGCUGAGUGAUGCAGCUCACAGUAUGGCUGUCAGCACCAGAGCCAGGAACAGCUCCACCUGGGCAGGCGGCUCCAUUCCCUACUGCUCCUCCCUUGAUGCCUCCACCUUUUAUGCCGCCACCAGGACUUCCACCUCCCUUCCCUCCAAUUGGACUGCCACCAAUUGGACAACGCCCUCCGGCUAUGCCUCCAAUUCCACACGCAAUGUUGCCACCCAUGAUCCCUCCUUUGGCAGGUCCACCGCCUAUUGCUCAGCUUCCAACCCUGGUGCCUCCCUUAAUGCCCACCAUGAUGCUUCCAGCCGUAACAACCAGCACUACAACAGCGGCUGCUCCAGGAGCAGAGUCUGUGAGCUCCUCAGUGACUCAGCCAGCUACCACUAUACCGAAGAUUGCUGCAGAUGACAGCACGCAAGCUCAGGAUACCACCAAAAAGAAGUCCCUCUGGACCGAGCACAAGGCACCAGAUGGACGAACCUAUUAUUACAACACUGACACCAAGCAGUCCACAUGGGAGAAACCAGAUGAUCUGAAAUCUAAAACAGAGCUUCUUCUAUCCCAGUGUUCGUGGAAAGAGUUUAAAUCAGACACAGGCAAAUCUUACUACUAUAACUCCCAGACCAAGGAGUCACGUUGGAUGAAACCCAAAGAUUUGGAGGAGAUAGAAGUUUUGAUAAAACAAGAAGAAGAAGCUGGCAGUGCUGAACGUGAAAACCAAUCAUCUCUUAUCUCCAGUCCUUCAACUGCAGCUUCCUCGGACGCAGAGAUGACACCAACGGAGGAGAUCACUGUUUUGCAGCCCAGUAUACCAGAACCAACUGACACGGCUGAAAUAGAAGCUCCCCAAGUUGAUUCAGUAAUGUAUCAGACAGAUGUAAUUAAUAGUGAUCCAAACCAAACAGAUGAUGGUGGGAAGGUAGAACCGGAAAAGAGAAUUUAUAAUUGGAGCACAAAGGAAGAAGCAAAACAGUUCUUUAAAGAGUUACUCAAGGAUAAGGGUGUUCCAUCCAACGCAUCCUGGGAGCAAGCAAUGAAAAUGAUUAUUAAUGAUCCAAGAUACAGUGCACUUCCAAAGCUGAGUGAGAAGAAGCAAGCUUUCAAUGCAUACAAAGCCCAACGAGAAAAAGAGGAGAAAGAGGAAGCAAGGCUCAGGGCCAAGGAGGCAAAAGAGAAGCUUCAGCGCUUCCUGGAGCAGCAUGAGAGGAUGACUUCAACUACUCGUUACAGAAAAGCAGAGCAGAUGUUUGGUGAACAAGAAGUGUGGUCCAUUGUUCCAGAACGAGAUCGCAAGGAGAUUUAUGAUGAUGUGCUUUUCUUCUUAGCAAAAAAAGAGAAGGAACAAGCAAAGCAGUUGAGAAAACGGAAUGUGCAGGCUCUGAAGAACAUUCUGUAUAACAUGACCAAUGUAAGCUUUCAGACCACGUGGUCAGAGGCCCAACAAUACCUCAUGGAUAAUCCAAUGUUUGCAGAAGAUGAAGAACUUCAGAAUAUGGACAAGGAGGAUGCACUGAUAUGCUUUGAGGAACAUAUCCGUGCACUAGAAAAAGAUGAGGCAGAAGAGAAGGAGAAGAACAGAAUUUUGGAGAGACGCCAACAGCGCAAGAAUAGAGAAUCUUUUCAGGUGUUUUUAGAUGAGCUUCAUGAGACUGGCCAGCUACACUCUAUGUCCACCUGGAUGGAACUCUACCCUUCCGUCAGCACAGAUUCUCGUUUUUCCAAUAUGCUGGGACAGACCGGUUCCACUCCACUAGACUUGUUCAAGUUCUACGUGGAAGAUUUAAAGGCUCGUUUUCAUGAUGAGAAGAAGAUUAUUAAAGACAUUUUGAAGGAUCGGAACUUCAGUGUUGAGGUGAACACUACGUUCGAAGACUUUGCCCACAUCAUCAGUUUUGACAAGCGGGCGGCUACGUUAGAUGCAGGAAACAUAAAGUUAACGUUUAAUAGCUUGUUGGAGAAAGCUGAGGCUCGAGAACGUGAAAGGGGGAAGGAGGAAGCCCGAAAAUUUCGAAGGAAGGAAGCUGCGUUUAAAAGCAUGUUGAAGCAGGCUGCACCCCCUCUGGAACUGGAUUGCACCUGGGAUGAUGUAAGAGAGCGUUUCGUUGGGGACAGUGCAUUUGAUCAAAUUACUGUGGAAUCAGAACGUAUCCGUCUCUAUAAAGAGUAUCUUCAGGUUCUUGAGAAUGAAUUUCAGCAUCAUCACUCAAAGAGUAAAAAGCACUCAAAAAAGUCCAAGAAACACCACAGAAAGAGGUCUCAUUCGCAGUCACCAAGCCCUGCAGACAGAUUGAAGAAGAAGGUCCCAGACACGUUUACAGGCUGGGAAAAUCCUGCUGGAGAGAAGGAACUCAAAAUACAUAUACGGCAAAAGGAAUCAGAGACAGAAGAUGAAAAUCAUCAUCAUCGAGCACAAAAAAGAAAGAAAAGGAAUCACUCUGAGUCUGGAUCUGAAAUAUCGUCCUCUGCGGAUUCAGAACAUAGUUCCAAGAAAUCCAAGAGACAGAAAAAGAAGACUAAGAAAAAGAGGCACAAAUCGAACAGUCCUGAGAGUGAAACGGAGAGGGAUAAGGAGAGAAGCAGGAGAGAAAGGGAGCAAGAAAGUGAUCAGCUGAAAGAGAGAGCAAAAGAGAGAGAUCACAAUCAAGAAACAGAGCUCACAGACAAUCGGCGCAAAUCACAGAAGCAGAGCACACGGAAAGAGAAAACAGGCUGGGACACAUCAGAGAGUGAACUCAGCGAAGGGGAGCUGGAGAAGAGAAGAAGAACAUUACUCCAGCAGUUGGAUGAUGACCAGUAGAUAGGCGUUUCUUUUAGACAGAUGAGUGACGUGUGGUGUGAAGAUCUUUCUUUUAUACGAUGUAAGAGGACACAAUUUCAGUGAGCAGGCUUUGCUAUAAAGGUGCACAUAUUGAUUGUUUCCAAAAACUGGACAAUCAUAGACGCGGUUAUGUAAAUCUGCUAAAUUGUUCCUUUCUGUGGGGAUUCUGCUAAGUAGAUUUCCAGCUUCUGAGCAGUGAAACACAUUGUAAAGUGAAAGCUAUUUAUUAAAAAAAAUAAUUAAAAAAUAAA